AUGUGUAGCAUAGAUGGAGAUGAUAGAGCUGACUCGAAAAUAGUGAAACAACAUGCAGGUUCCGCAGUCCCCCAACGCCACGAUGGUGCCCUUCAUGUUAUCUUUGUUUAUAAGCCUCAUAAAGUAUUAAUAGGCUUGAGGUUUGAUGACAUACCAAGUUUAACCCUUGAAAGCCAAUAUGCGUAUCUGUUCGUUGAAUCAACGUCUAGUCAACUGGACAUACCGUUCCGGCAAGGCAAAGAGGUACUCGUUACAUACAACAGUACCUUUGUUUUUAUACAAGUGGAUAAACCAAUCUACAAUCCACAACAAACUGUUAAUAUGCAAAUUAUACCAGUUGGAUUGGACUUAAAACCUUCAACAGAACCAAUCCGGAUUGAUGUGAUCAAUCCUAAAGGAACGAUAAUGGAAAGAGAAGAAGGCAACAUUACUGAGUCCGGGCUCAUUCGUAAAAAGUUCAGAUUUCCUGCUCAUCCGGUCUUUGGAAAAUGGAGCGUGAUUGUAUAUUACGGCCCAAGGUAUCGAUUUAAAACAAUGGCACAUUUCACUGUGAAAGAACAUGUUUUGCCAAAAUUUAGCGUGACAAUAUCGUCACCGCUCCACAUACUUUCCGGCACAGAAAACAUCCCUAUAAGCAUUGAUUCCAAGUAUGCAUAUGGAAAAACAGUCCAAGGCCGUGUUAGCCUCAAGAUUGGUAUCCAAACAAUUGACAAGAUAAUCGUGAAGAUCCAUACUGAAAUUGACUUUGGGGAGCUUUCAGAUGCUGGUCGCGCUAUAAAAGCUAUUGAUUUAGACGAUAUCCUAGAAACUAACUGGUUUGAACUCUACGUUGGAAUGCUGCUUUACCUCGAAGCACGUGUUGUUGAGGGCUCAACUGGGAUAAUUGAGAAGAAAUCAGCUAGUUGUCCAAUUGUGCAACAAGCCUACCAUUUCCAAGCAGACAAGACAUUGCGCUUCUUUAAGAGGGGUUUACCGUUUGAAGUUAAGGCUGAUGUCCUCACCCCUAACGGUCUCCCUGCAGGAGAUGGGAUUAUUGUUUGUGCAGAAGGUACUGCUAUUAUUAAUGGCACAAGGGUCAAAUUGAUUGGGGAGACGGAUAACGUAGAACAUCAAAUGACGAAUCUUAACAGUCAGAUAACUUUCGCAUACUCAAUCCCACUUGAUGCUGACGAAAUAUCAGUCAAGUUGAAAACUGAAGAUAAACAUUUGAAGAACGAUCAAAAUGGCUUCAUCCAAUUUGAGGCACGUCCAUAUGAAUCCCCAAACCAAAAUUACAUGCUGAUACGAAUACCUCAUGAGGACAUGGACAAAGUUAGGGUCGAUGUGGGAAGUGAGUUACAGGCUCAAGUUAUUUUGUCCGACUCCAAUACGGUUGAACGUGUCAUCCAUUACAUCGUUAUUGCCAGAAACAAAGUGAUAGCAGAAAAUACUGUUGAGGGUGUGUUAAAUACGGUUGUGUACUUCCCUAUCUUCGUUACGAAUGACCUUGUGCCGCUUGUACGUAUCGUUGCAUUCUACAUUGAUGAGAACCAAGAGGUCGUAGCAGAUUCUAUUUUGCUUGAAGUUGAAAAUGUUUGUGAAAAUACAGUUAGCAUAUCUGUGAUAGAUCCGUCAACAUCCCAAAAAGCAGAUAGCUUCAAACCAGCAAAGAAUAUUACAUUCCUCGUAGAUGGUAAACCGUCAACGCGUGUGGGUCUAAUUGCAGUUGAUAAAUCUGUUUAUAAUUUGGAGAAUUAUGAACGAUUGAGCAAAGAAAAACUGUUCAAGAAAAUGCAAGGUUUUGAUCUUGGGUGUGGUCCUGGAGGCGGUAGUAGCACUGCGGACGUCUUUGAGCGAGCUGGCAUCACUGUUAUAACAAAUGCAAACAUAAAUGUCCAAAGAAGGGAAGGGCUAGGAUGUCCGGUAGCUGCUAGCAGGAGAAGAAGAAGUAUAUAUGAGGAUGAACAAAAUGAAGACUUGUUGGAAAUGUGCGAGAAAGGACGACAAAAGUCAAAAUCAAAAUCUUGCAAAGAAGCCGCAUCCAAAAUUGCUAAUAAAAAAGGACUGAGUCCAGACGACCCAUUGAUUGUUCGUUUUUAUAACUGCUGCUCCGAAGCAUCAAACAUGAUCAUGACCCGGCAGUCGUCUGCAAUAACAGCUGAUAUCAGUGACUUCGAACUAAGAACAAACUUCCCAGAAACCUGGGUGUUUCAAGAAAUUGAAAUUGGGGAAUCUGGUUUUGAAGAGUUGACACUAUCAACACCAAGUAGCAUCACAACUUGGUUCGUCCAAGGAACAGGUAUAUCAAAUGAUGUCGCCCUCUGUGUCGCUGACCCAUUAGAAGUCACAGUCUUCAAACCCUUCUUUAUGAAGCUGGACUUACCAUACUCAGUCAUUCGUGGAGAACAUAUCCAUAUUCGAGCUGUCCUCUAUAAUUAUGUACAGAAAGAUUUUGAGGUUGAUGUAUUUAUGUAUGGUGUCAAAGGCGUAUGCUCUGCGGCUUCACCAGGUGAGAUGACCCAAUCACAGACUUUGACGCUUAGAGGCAAUGAUCAAGCAACUGUUUCUUUCAUCUUGAUGCCGUUAGAAAGCGGAAUCUUCCCAAUCACAGUGGCAGCCAUUGCUCAAAAUGAUGAUGGUGAAGAGCGCGAUGCUAUAGUUAGCAACCUCAGAGUUAUUCCUGAAGGUCUGCACCGUACCUCUGUGUUGCCAUUGAUCCUUGAUCCCUCCAAUAAAAGGAAGAGUGCCCCUUAUGAAAAUGAUAGUGUUUUUAAACAUCAUUAUGUAGAGAGUGCAGGAGGGGUUCCUCAGAUGGAUAUUGUUACCAUAAACUUCCCAGAUGAUGUUGUUGAGGGAUCAGAGAGCCUAAUCCUCAAACUUACAGGUGACCCAGUAGGACCAACACUGACCUCAAUAGCUGAGGGUUUGGAAGGACUGGCAUUGCCCACGGUGUGUGGAGAACAGACACUCAUUAAGUUUGCCCCUCACAUCCAUGCUUUAUCCUACCUCAACUCGACAGGACAGCUCACUCCGGUUAUAUAUAACCAAGCAAAGAGGGUUUUGAAAGAAGGCUAUGACCGUGAAAUGGCCUUCUACCAAGAUGAUGGAUCUUACAGAGAAUGGCAGUACUCCGACCACAGCAGUACUUGGUUAACUGCUUUUUCUACACUGACCAUGUGCGAGGCUAGCCAGUUUAUUUUCAUCGACAGUGUUGUAAUCAGCAAGUCUAUACAUUGGCUGAUGAAUCAUCAGGCUGCCGACGGCCACUUUAACGAAACCAACCUUGUACGAGAUGCUGUGGAUGGAUUGAAAGGGCAUGCAGCACUAACAGCACAUGUUCUCACAACCCUACUUGGCUGCAGGCAUCAUGUGGCUUUCUCGGUCCAUCACUCCAUCAAAAGGGCUACGGAAUAUUUAGAGAGAGCAGUAACACAGAAAUCAGUGGAGAAUAAGUACGCCCUUGCUAUCACCGCAUACGCCCUCAGUUUAUCAAAUAGCAAAAUGAAGCAUGAGGCAAAUAAACAACUGUUGUCUCUUGCCACAUACGAGGAAGAAUAUGGAUACCGCUAUUGGAACGUUGACGAGACAACCCAUGAAAUGGAAGAUUUGUCACAAUGUUGGCGCUCAUUCAAACCGUCAUUCAUGUCGGUGAAAACUACCGGAUAUUCCCUGCUAACACAAGUCCAACUUGGCAAAAUGGACACUAGCAAUGAAAUUGUUGAAUGGUUGGUCCGACAGCAAAAACAUCUCAGCUACGGAAUACAGGCGACAACAUGUAAAUGUGACGUGGGCAAUGCCCCAUCAGCUUGCGUUUCCCGGCACCAGUUUGUACAAAACCAUCUAUUAUGUGAUAUUCAGGUUGGAAUGCAAGCUCUGGCAGAGUACGCAAAGAAGACACACGCAAGCAGCAGCCUUCACUUGGAUGUGGAAGUUCAAAACCUAGUUACUGAAAACAAAACUGUGUUGGAGCUUAGGCAGAACAAUGUGUUGGUCCAGCAACACUUAGAGAUUCUAGGACCAUUUGAAAAACCCAUUGUCAUUAAUACGUCCGGAUCUGGGUCAGCUCAACUACAGAUGGAAGUUACUUACAACACUAAACCAAAUGUUAAUUUUGAAACUUGUAUGUUUUCUGUCGUCGCAAGCACAACAGAGUUGAAGGGCUCAAAGUCAAAUGGAAAGAACUUGAGGUACCACGUUCAAGCUUGUACAAGGAAUCUUCAAAACAAGAAAGUGUUUAUGGGUGUCCUUGAGGUCCAGCUCUUCAGUGGAUUCAGUUUUGACAAAGAGACUCUAAGAAAAGACGAAGGCUUUAAACAAUUUGAAGAAUCGGACCGAUCUGUUCUGUUUUACUUGGAAGAGGUUCCAAGAGAUACUCCAGCCUGUGUGAACUUCGACAUUGAGCAGAUUUUCACAGUAGUCUCUAUCCAGCCUGUUACUGUAUCAAUUUAUGAAUAUGCAGAGCCUGACAACAAGUGCACAGAGUUCUACCAGCCCCCUGGGGGUAGCGAGCUUCUCAGUCUGCUUUGCCUGAAUGAAACAUCUUGCCAGUGUUCAACAAACAAAUGUGUCAGCUUCAGUUCUGAAACGAGUCUGGAAGGUAUGAUUACACAGGCUUGUGCUUCAGACUAUGUAUAUGAAAUUACUGUAAAAAGAAUUGAGGAGACAGAGUUCUUCUACAGGUACACUGGCAAUAUAGUAUCUUUAACACAAAACACUGCUGAUAAUGUGAAUAAAGAAUCUUUAAAGGCAAAGGUCAAAAGGACGUUUUGGUUGAGUAAGGGUUGCCGGCACCUGAUGAAGAAAAACCGAAAAUAUUUGAUAAUGGGACCGAAUAGUAUUGUACAUAGCAGUAGAGGAAAAACUGAAUAUUUGCUCGAUGGCAAAGCACAUGUUGAAUUAGUAGCUAAGAGGGAUUACUUGAAGUCAGCCAAUUUCGCAGUGCACCUAUCAACUUGUUGAGAAUAUCAAUGUGCCAAAAAAAAAAAAAAAUUAAUAUAUAAUUUUAUAUAUGUGAAAUCAGGAGCAUUAAAGAAAUAAUAUUUUAGGCCUUGAUGAUAAAAUCGAUUAACCCUGUGAUGAAGUUUAAUGAAGAACUGGAAUUAGAUUUCAUGAAUGACCGUCCUUAUAUGCCUGAACGCUAAUGAUUCUUCUGGCUAAUUUAUUGUGGCCUGCUCUACCAAAAGCUAGGCUUAUGUUUUGAUAUAAUUGAAAAAUAAGUUUUACUGUUUGCCAGUAUUUAUAUUCAUUUUUAAGGUUGUAAAUGUACCAAUUCUAAUUUUAUCAAUCAAUGGUAUUGAAGCCUUAAGUCUUUGCCUGUUGGGGCUUCAGUAUGAGACAUACACUAAUUUGUGUCAUAAGUUAUGUGAUAAAUAUGACAUAUAUUAUAUAAUGUCCAAAUGACAUGAUUAGCCCUUUUAUUUGAAAAAAAAAUGUUUUGUAAGUGGAGGAUGUAUUAGUCAAAAUUUAAAUAACAUCAGUAUGUGAAUUGUGAAUUUAUGAAUAAAAAAAAAUUUUAAUUGCAAUAGAAUUUAAAAUACAAUUUAUAACUUUUUAAUGGUUUAACCAUAGUGGUAGGGCCGGUCACAGUAUUUAUCUCUCUAUUGUAAAAAUGUGAUGUAAACAUCACCAGCAUUUAUUUAUGAAGAUUUUUGUGUGCGAAUAUUAUAUCCACUAUUCUGCAUGGAAAACUACAACUGUUAUAUAUAAAAUAUUUUUAAAUAUAUUUUUAUCUGAUUUACCAUUCUUAUUUUUGGGGAGGAAAAUAUUUGUUAAUUUUUUUGCUGACUGCAUUCCAUUAAUUUGUAUAGCUUUGGCAAGAAUACUUUGGGGAAAAUAGCUUCAUAUUAGAAUAUACCUAUGUACAGUUAACAAAGUAGAACAAACAACGGGUGUUCUUAAACAAUGGGAAUCGGGUAGUAUAUUUAGUUAACAGAGAGUUUGUAUUUGUAACUUGUUUUCUUUUACAAUGUGUAAAAAAAAAACACAAGAAUAAUAUAAAAAAAUAAAACAGACUAGAUAUUGUAA